AUGAGAGUCUCUCUCUCUCUGUCUUUAUCGCUCGAAUGUCUGUCUGUGUUCGCCUAUGCAUGCAAUGCAGCUGGUUGCGAAGCACCGAACAACGGUCUUAUUCCGUGGAAACAAGCACACAGAGAGCGGCAAAUACCAAGCGGCAGCGUUGCCGCUGCUGUUUCUGCUGGUGCUACCGGGAAGCUCGCUGGCCAAGACACUGGGGAGGAGCUUUUGGGUUCGGAACUUGCGUUGCUGCUGCAGCUAUCAUCGAGUCCUAUCAGUCUCGGCGGCAAUCGCGGCAUGCAGUCUGUUUCCUUAGGGGCAGCGCUGCCUUUCCAGCUUCCUAUGGGUGUCUCUGCCUUCGCUCGCGUCAAUGCCGAAUUGCCGCUAGAACCCCUUCAGGAGUUGUAUCAGCAGCAGCUGCAGCCUGAGGACAAGAGGGACGCUGAGAGAGCGCCGCUGCAGUGGCAGACAUUCGCAUGCAGCAAGGAGAACUUGCUGCAACUGCAGCGGCAGGUGCAGCAACAGCUGCUCAGGCUGCAGCAGAGUGGGCUGCGUGGGGAGGUCCUCCUAGGAGUGCAAACACCACACGCGCUUGGCUGCGGUGGAGUGCUGCGUUGUCUCGCGAGCUUGGACAAGGAAAAGCCAAGGCUCACUUUCUCAGCGUCUCAGGGAGGCAACGAGGUGGCCCUUACCCUGAGUAAACUCCGGUUGCUAGGGUUUGCUCUCCAGAGCUCCUUGGAUAUCAAUAAGUCUAAAGUCGCUGUCGAGACGGCCUACAACUUUGAACAGGGAGAGACAUCCAUGCGGGUUGCUGCGGCAGGCCUUACAGGGGCAGCCACGAGAGGCCUCCUUCCCACUUUGCUUGGAGUGGAGGUUCGCGCGAGAGGCCCCUUGGGAAGCCCCCUAAGGGGCAAGGCAGCACAAGAGGGGCUGGCGACAGCUGCAGAAGGAGCGAGUAGCUUCGCCGAAAAACCCCUCGCAGAAGCGGCACAUGCAGAGGCAGGAAAAGCAGAGAAGGAUAAAGGCCUUAAGGGCCAGCGUUCCGAAGGGAAUAACCGGAUGGCAGGGCUAAGUGAGGCGCCAGACGUCUCCAUGGGCUUGACAUUUGCCUUCGGAGAGAAGGGUGACCUUCUUGUUGAACCGAAGUUCCACCUAGGGGAAAGGUGA